AUGACCCCAUCAAUCAACCACGUAGCCCAAAUCGGCUUCUCCGACGCCUCCUCUUACGACAAACACAGACCAACCUACACCGCGCACGAAACAGACCUCAUCCUUCAGCGCACACAACUCGCGACUCGUCGUGGGUUAAAACUGGUUGAUCUCGCAGCUGGCACGGGAUUGUUUACGGAAGCUCUGGCCGCUAGGCCCGAGGGCUAUGAGAUCAUUGCUGUUGAGCCGCAUGAUGAGAUGAGGAGGGAGCUUGAGAGAAAAGAAUUGGAGAGGGUGAGUGUUGUGAAGGGGUAUGCUGAAAAGUUGCCGAUUGAGGACGGGAGUGUGGAUGGGGUUUUUGCUACGCAGGCGUUUCAUUGGUUCGCUACUCUCGAUGCUUUGAAAGAGAUUAGACGCAUCCUCAAACCAGGCGGUUACCUUGGAUUGAUAUGGCACGUCGAUGACUGGAACGCCUAUAAAUCUGACCCUGUCACGACCCCUUGGGAAGAAUUGAUAAAAUCCCACAUCUGGUCGCACGACGACAACGUCCCACGCUUCCGGCACGGAAUAUGGCGCAACGUCUUUGACGAGAAGGAGCAGACAUAUUUUGAGACUCCGAUCAACGAAGAGCAUGAACCGCAAACGCAGUGGAGCACCCCAAAGGCGAUUUGGGAGCGGUUGAAGACGUAUAGUAUGUUUUCGACGGCGGAGGAGGGUGUUUUACGGGAGUUUAAGGAGAAGUUAGAUAGGACGCUAGAAGGUGUGCAGAAGAAUGAGGCUGGGGAAGUGGCUGUUCAUGGGAGGACGCAGUAUUUCUGGACUAAGGCGUUGUAG